UUGACUCCAAAGUCUUUGAGACCUCUUUGGAAAAAAUCUUUUGGCAGGACAUCUAAGCAGCAGGAGGAAGAGUUCAGUUGACGUUAAAUUUCCUCCAGGUCCUUGCUGUUAAUAGGGUGAAACUGUUUUAUGGUGUUUAAACAGUUUUUCGGUGGACACAGUACAUAUCCUGAAUCUGCUGUGAUGUACCGAUUACUUGUCUAAUCUUUUGAAUUUUGUCUGUGAAGAAUUUGGCAAAGUCAUUGCAGGCCAAGUUUGAAUGAAGUUCAGCUGCCACUGACACAGGAGGGUUUGUUAGCCUGUCAGCUGUUGCAAAUAAGACCCGAGCAUUAUGACUGGUUUUGGUGACUAUGUCAGAAGUAGGACCUCCUUGCACUCCUCAGUUGUAAAAUAUAAUUGAAGUUUCUCUUUAUAGAUGUCAUAAUGAACCUGGGGUUUUAUUUUUCUCCAAACAGUUCGGGGUUUAGAACACAUUUUGUGUAAUUACAACAAUAUGUAACUUAUGACCUGGUUGCAUAAAGAAAACAGACACAUGCAUGGCCUUUUGCCACGUUCUAUGGGAACUGCAGAAGACUGUGUCUUAACACCGAUACUUGAGAUUUCAUCUAUGGACUAAAGCAUUGUUUAACUGUAGCGCACUCUAGUGGACAAAUUUGCACCGUUACUAUGGCAACUGCUUAUCAACAAUCCACCGUAGGUCCGGCGGUAGAAAUGUCUCAGGCUGGUGCGGAAACCCUGCUUAAAACCGUAAUCGGGCACAUUGUGCACGAGUGCAGGCUGAGGGGACAUGCGGUGUCGGAGACGCUGGCAGCUUUUAUGGUGUCUGCUGUGGUGCUGGACCCAAGAAAUGGCUUUAAUGUUGACAGGACCCUUACUAAAGAUGAUGUUCAAAAACUCGAAGAGCUGUGUCUGGAUAAACUCACAGAAAAGUGCAGCCCAUCCCUUGACACUAUCAAAAUGCAGGUGUGCUUUGACAUGAAUUAUACCACGAAAUGUGAGUUUCUUGAGGAUAUCCACCAGUCAGAAGAGUCCAAGCUGAGUCCACUGUGCAGAGAGAUCACUGACAACAGGGUGAAAUCAAGGAAGGAAUUGGAUGGCCUUUACCAGAAAAUCACCACUUAUAUCCUGCUGCGCUCUGCUAUGGGUUCGCCUACAGAUACCAACACUAUGGAAGAGGCUACAGCUGUCCUGCAGAGCGUCUUCCCUCAGGCUGAACUGGGAAACUUUCGAGUGGCCUUAAAGAGAGACCAGGAGCAGCAGCUCAAAGAACUCACCAUGAUUGUUACUGGGAUCCGACUCUUCAACAAAGCCAACAAGAGGGGUGAAGAGGAGGUUGACAUCCAUGAACUAAUGCCUUCAGUUCUUCAAGAGGCUCUUCCAGUCACCAGUAAAAGCAUAGCAAAUGAGCUGUGUGUGACACAGACUUUGGUGUUCAAGUACACUGCUGUGCUGGAGAAGCUAACAAGCUCUGAUGUUCAGCUGGGACAUUCUGACAUGCCCGUUAUUCUCCUCAAACAGGCUUUGUACAAUGCCAGACAGCAUGAAGUUUUCCUAAAAAUGUUACUGGCUGAUGCAAAUUCAUGUGCUAAGCAUGUUGAAACCCUGCUGAGUGACGUCUCACCACAGAUGAAGCUGCUAAAAGAAACUGUGCAGUCAAAAACAGCAGUACCAGCUGCAACAGUUUUUCCAUUAUUCAAGAUGCUGUCAAAGUUAUGGUUUGAACUUCGGGAUGAGGGUGAGUUCCUGUACAUGCUCAAUAAAAUCAUGCUCAGACUCCAGCCCUUCUCUGCCUCCCAGGCCAGGAUUUUCUCUGAAGCAUAUCUAGAAAGUCUGUUGGAGGACUCAGAGGUGAAGACAGACGAACAGAGAAUGCUUGAGUCUUCAGAUAACUGCGUUGAUCCAGCUUCCCUGAAGACACAGGAAUGGCUUUUUCCUGAAACAACAGUCAAUUUUGAGGAAAUGCCCCUACAGUAUAAUGGAUUCUGUGGCUACACACUUGUAACCAGAGAUGGCCUUCUACUUCCAGGUAAUCCAUACAUCGGAGCCCUGAAACACAAGGAGAAGCUCUAUGUUUUUACCUCCAAAGAAGCUGCCAUGAAGUUUGCCCUUAGUCCAGACAGCUUUGUUGCAGAGGUUGCAGAAAAAGCAAAAUACUCCCCUGAACUCAUUCAGCUCCUCAAACUCCACCAACAGUUUUCCUGUAUUAGUCCAUACUCUGAUGUGAGCAGACUCUCACAGACCCAGCCAAGAAAGGGUUUACCGGUGAAGCCAGGUAUAAAAUGUGAGUGUGGCACUCAGACUGAAAUUCACCCUGUGGAGAAAAACAUUGUCAAGUCAUAUGAGUGGAAUGAGUGGGAGCUUAGACGAAAAGCUCUCAAAUUGGCCAAUCUUCAGACCAGAGUUACCGUUUCAGUACAGACUGACCUGAGUCACAUGAGACGGGAAAAUGUCACUCAGACCUGGCUUCCUAAGAAUGCUGCCUGUCAAAGCAAGAGAGAUGGUGCAAGCCAAGUGCCUAAACCUCAAACCUUUGUAGCAGGUCUGAGAGGACAAAGGGGUGCACAUGUUGUCAAAGCAAACCUGACCAGAUCUGUGGAUGAUUAAAGAGAAAUUGUUAACAAAAUAAAGGUUUAUGUAAGAA